GAUCCUGUGUCAGAGACGGAAGGCCUUCAACCAUGAAUCCAGAAGAGCAAGUAGUGACUUGGCUGAUUUCGUUGGGGGCCCUAAAUUCCCCUAAAAUGCGAAUUAGUGACCCUGAGCAGUUCCUCAAAACGUCCUUGAAGGAUGGAGUAGUCUUGUGCAAGCUUUCUCAACGGCUUCUUCCAGGGUCUGUAGACAAGUAUUGCUUGGAGCCCAAGACAGAAGCUGACUGCAUUGGCAACAUCAAGGAGUUCUUAAAUGGGUGUGCAGCGCUUAAAGUGGAGUUGUUUGAUGCCCACGAUCUGUACACAGGAAACAAUUUCCCCCGGGUACUGAAUACCCUUGCUGCUAUAAACAAAGCAACCGAAGAUCAGCAGUCCACCAGGCCAUGCUCACGUUUGCCAUCUCCUAGUUCCCCCAGGGGUGACCGUCAUUCUUUCCUGCAAGGAGCAGCUGCAAAAUCGACAAGAGCAGCACAGAGGCAGUCGGAAGUGGGGGAGAUGACUGAGAAUGGAAGUCACCAGUUGGUGGUCAAGGCCAGGUUCCACUUCAAGCAGACCAACGAAGAUGAGCUCUCGAUCAACAAAGGCGACAUAAUCUACGUCACCCGGGUUGAGGAAGGUGGUUGGUGGGAAGGGACCCUUAACGGCAAGACUGGCUGGUUCCCCAGUAAUUAUGUCAGAGAAAUUAAAUCCACUGAUAAGCCGCUGUCUCCGAAAGGUUUGAAAGGAGCUGAAAGCCCUCAGCUAACAAAGAAUUAUUAUACUGUGGCACUGCAGAAUAUUCUGGAAACAGAACGGGACUAUGCCAGGGAACUGCAGGCUCUUCUGGGAACAUACCUGAGACCUCUCCAGUCAUAUGACAAGCUGAGUGCUGUAGAUACUGUAUCUUUACUUGGAAAUGUGGACGACAUCUGCUCCUUUCAGCAAAUACUCCACCAGGCAUUGGAAGAAUGCACUAAACUUCCAGAGAACCAUCAAAAAGUGGGAGGCUGCUUUCUAGGCCUGAUGCCUCAGUUCAGAUCUCUGUACCUCACCUAUUGCGCUAAUCAUCCUUCAGCUGUCAACGUCUUGACCCAACACAGUGAUGAGCUGGAGAAGUUCAUGGAGAUUCAAGGGGCAGCCUGCCAAGGGAUCUUGACCUUAACAACAAGCCUCAGCAAACCAUUUACACGGCUGGAUAAAUAUAUUUCUCUUCUCCAGGAACUGGAGCGGCACAUGGAGGAAGUUCAUCCAGACCACGAAGAAGUCUUGAAAGCAGUCGCAUCCUUCAAGUCUCUUGUGGCCCAGUGUCAGGAGCUGAGGAAGAGAAAGCAGCUUGAGCUCCAGAUCCUUUCAGAAUCUAUUCAGGGAUGGGAAGGCGAAGAGAUAAAAUCUCUAGGCCCUGUCAUUUACAUGUCACAAGUCAUGGUCCAGUAUGGAGCAAGUGAGGAAAGAGAAGAGAGGUACUUUAUGCUGUUUGCAAACAUUCUGCUGGUGCUCUCGGCCAGUCCUCGGAUGAGUGGAUUCAUAUAUCAGGGAAAGCUGCCUUUAACAGGAAUGGUGUUGACAAAACUUGAAGAGAUGGAUGGAAACGAACAUGCUUUUGAAAUUGGAGGAACUAUGAUAGACCGGAUCACAGUACACUGUAACAGCAGCCACGAUCUGCAUGAAUGGCUGGACCAUUUGCAAAGGCUGACGAGAGGAGCCACAAGUGGCAUUCUGUCCAAGACGCACUCUUGGAGUGCUCACUCAACCUUCAGUUCCACUGGACAAGUUCGUGGCCCUUUGGAGCCACCCAAGAUCCUGAAGCCCUGGACCUUAAGUUGCCUCAGGCCUGCCCCACCCCUCCGGCCAUCUGUGGCACUCAGCUAUAAAGAGCGGAUGUCCUACAUUUUGAAGGAUUCCAGCAAGAGUCCAAAGACAAUGAAGAAGUUCCUUCCUAAAAGGAAAACUGAGAGGAAAGCUUCUGAUGAGGAAUUUGUCAUUAGGAAAAGUACUGCUGCAUUGGAAGAAGAUGCCCAGAUCCUGAAAGUGAUAGAAGCCUAUUGCACAGGGGCUGGCUUUCAGCAAACCCUCAGUUCAGGUUCCCGGAAAGACUCUGUCCCCCAAGUCCUGCUUCCUGAAGAAGAAAAAAUCAUUAUUGAGGAAACACGAAGCAAUGGUCAAACCAUCACAGAGGAGAAAAGCCUUGUGGACACCGUCUAUGCGCUGAAGGACGAGGUCAAGGAAUUAAAGCAGGAGAAUAAAAGGAUGAAACAAUGUUUGGAAGAAGAGUUGAAGUCCAGGAAAGAUUUGGAGAAAUUAGUCCGGAGGCUGUUAAAGCAGACAGAUGAAUGUGUUCGGGAAGAAGCUGGCCGCAGGUCUUCGGUUCUGGCUUGAUUUCUGAACUGCUUCAGGCAACUUGCAUGAGACUUCAGGUAUUCAGGCAAGGUUGAACUCUGAUUCCUCUUGCUCCUCAUGUUGGAUUUUGGUUUGCUUUUGUUUUUAAUUGUGAAGAAAAGAAAGGCAGCGGCUCUGUUAACCGAUUUCCCCAUCCAGUAGGUUAGUUUGUACAAGUCACAGACAGUCAACCACGUUUCUUCUGCAAAAGUUGAGGUUGAAUUGCAGCAACUCUUCUGCAAACUCCCAAUACCUUCUUUGGAAUAUGGAUUUUGCAACCAAAUGAUAACCGUCCAGAAGGAAGUUUGAUGAGCAGAAACUUCAGAGGAAAUGCAAACUUUUUUUCUUCCUCUGUCUUUUUUCUUUUCAAAUGCCUCUUACUUAAUUUAUUUGUACUGGAGGGGAAAAAUGGUUUCAAGAAUUGCAAUCAGGUAAAAAGCCAAAGAUGAUGUGCACUUCUUUGGGGAGGAGAUAAUCAGGGACACAGGUUAUGUUUUCCCCACCCACGGCAGCAUUUUUGUUUUCCACCCUUCAGAGAGAAAGAGAGAGCACACAGCAAUACAGUGGCUUCCCAUGUGGCCUUUCUAAGGAUGCAAAUGUGCAAUAGGGAAUGCAGCAUGUUGCAUUUUCACUGAGGGAGGUCUGAUUUGUGGGUGCCCUCAUUAGCACACAGGGAGAUUGCACUGAUCGCUCCACACAGCUUUCAAGCAUCAGCAAGCUGAACUCCCCCCCCCCCCGUUUGUGUGUGUGUGUGUGUGUCCGUCCGUCCUUUGGAAUUUUGACCCUCUUGUGUUUUCCCUAGAGGACUAUAGGUCAGGCAUGCACAAAAUUGUGACCCACAAAACCAUCCAGCAAGCUAGGUAUGAAAGCCUGCAAGGAGGUGUGAUUCAAUCUCCUGGCUUUGCUGCUUAUCAGGGGCUGAAAUCGCAUGCAUGUGUGCAUCAAGCACCUGGCUGCAUUCCAUGUGGUAGGAUGCAAACUACACAACCCCCUUUUCUCUUCAUCUACCCCCCCCCCCCCCCCCGCAGCACAACAUUUUUCGUGCCUGAGAGGCGUCUAAAUUCCAUUUGGCUAGGAUGUGUUUGUUUCCGUGUGUGUGUGUGUGGGUUUUUUUUGGUUAAUUGUUUUUAAGGCUCAUCAAUUGUUUUUAAAAAUCUAUUGAUGGAGCAAAAAAGUGCCCCCGAUUAAUCAAGUAGCAGAUUAAUCAAGGCCUUUGGUCCUUCUUGCUCCCUCUUGCCUUCUGUGACAAGCAGAGACUGUCAGGCAGAGAAGGGUCUUUCCAAACAGCCAACAAAGAUCCUUAAAAGCAGAGGUCUCCAACUUUUGCCCCUCCAGAUGUUCAUGGACUACAAUUCCCAUCAGCCCCUGCCAGCAGGGCCAAUUGGCAGAGCUGAUGGGAAUCAUAGUCCAUGAAAAUCUGGACAGCUAUAGGUUGGAGAUUGCUGCUUCAAAGAAAGAUGCAAAGGGCUGAAUCUGUUCCAUCUGUGAGCAAAGGCAUGCUCUGCCACAGUCCUUUCACAGUACUCUUUUAACCUAGCAGCAUGGGCAUGCAUGAUCCUAAAACAAUUACAUUUCCUUCAAAACAAGUGUAUAUUCCUAUUCAGAUUUAGGCACAUUCAGUUGAUCAAUUAUAUCAAAAUUGGCAUGAUUCAUCAGCUGAGAUUUCUUUCCAGUGUGCCCUAGUGUUUUGAAUUCUGCAAAAUAAUUUUUGUCUGAUCCCUUUAUUGUGAAAACAGCUGCUGAAUGUUAUUUACUCAGAAAAGGACUGUCUAAAAUAGACUCAACACAAUAUAUUCUGCUAGAUUAUUUUAUCACAGAGUAAAAAAAUAUUUCAGGUAUUUGCGUAAAGAAUGCUAUGCAAGCUGAAUGAACGUGCCUUGAGAGUUCCAUCUUGAAGAAGAAGAAAUCAUAAAUUCUUUUCCAAGUGUGGUGCAGGGCAGGAUGGGAGAUUGGCAAUCCAGUAAACAUUGAUCCUUUUUCUGUGUACAUAUUGAUAAGGAAAAUCUCAGUUCACCUUAAUGGUGUGCAGAUCCACCAAUUUUGCCUAUAACAGGUUUGAUGUCUUGUUACUUCAAAUUGAAUUAGUAAUGCCUUUGUGUUAUUUUUGCUGGCCUGAUUAUCAUUCUUAAAUAGCUGGAAAAAGAGAAGAAAACAAAGAAAACAAACAAAAAACAGUACCAGGCCUAGAACUGUGGUUAAAUAGGUUGCUGCAGUGGCUGAUGCUGAUCUAUCUGGAUUCGGUUCUUAGCAGAAACAGCCAGCUGCUGGGUAGUUGUUGGUUUACUGAAUAAAGAAAAGGACUUCUGCUAAUGGAGUCAGUGCAGCUCAGUGUUUUUCACCAUCUUGAUGUAUUAGAAGGAAAAGGAAGAUGGAGGGUCUUAUCAUUGAAAGGAAGAAAGUCUAAGAAGAGUUUGCAUAGGAUCCUAGAGGAGGGUGAUUGUGGUUGGAUCAGGGUUGGCUGAGAGGCAUGUUUGGAAGGAGGCAAGCUAGAGACCUCCAUGUAGAUCAGAGGUGUCCAACUCUGGCACUUCAGAUGUUCAUGGACUACAAUUCCCAUCAGCCCCUGCUGGCAUGGGAAGUGUAGUCUAUGAACAUCUGAAGCGCCAGAGUUGGACCCUCCCCCGCCCCCCGAUGUAGAUUCUCUUGCUGCAACAAGAGAGCUAGAUCUCAUGGGAGAGUGUUUUUGCCUUGCCUGUAUCAGGUUAAAGCAAGUAAAUGUAACACAGAAACCACACUUUUAUCCAUUUCCUCAGCACCAUAUUAAUUUUUGAAGACACUUAUUUAAGGGUACUGAACUGUACCAGGGACUGGAGAGAGUCUUCCAUUUGUGAUGUCAUAGGGUCCAGCCAAUCCAAAAGGGUCUUCCAUUUGUGAUGUCAUAGGGUCCAGCUUACAAAGAAAACAGGUAUGUUUGGACUGGACACAGGUUACUUUUGGAGUGGCCUCAGUGCUGUGAAAAUAGUUCUAUGUAAUACUUAUUCAGAGUCUGUGCCAGACCCCCUUCUACGAACUGGGCACAGAAUUUCCAGGGAUCUAAACUGAGUCUCCCUCAAUGAUAUCCAUUGAUAUCAAACUCUUCUUGACGCAUGGUGAACAGGGGAGCAGUGGUGCAUUGAGAAAAGGCAUCACAUCCCGGCUUCUGUGCCUCCCAGAGUAGAAGGCACCAUGUAGCCAAGGAAUAGGCCAAGGAGGAAGCCAGGGCCAUUGGCGAAGGCAGGCAUCUUUUGAGCCCCCAGUUCUUGGCAGGGCCUGCCGCUGCACAUCAGCCUGUCCUCUCUCUCUGUGGUAAUAGAGGUGGCAUUGCCUCUUAAGGAGGAUUAGACCAGCCCACCCUCCUCACUCCUGCCAGAUGGAGGGGAGGCAGGAGCACUGCUGCAUAUCCUCUCUCCACCCCCAUUCCUUCCCUUCUCAAGUUGAGCAGUGAUAGCUUUGAGGAGCAGCAGCUGCCUACCAGCGUGGGAGGGCUGGCCUAUUGGUGGCAUCCUUAGCUCUGAGCCGCCUGUCCUGUCUCUCUAUGUCAUGGCCACACCUGGGAGGAAUGAAGGAGAUAGGCUACAUUUGGGCUGUCUAGCUGUUGCCAAGAGGAUACCUACCCAUCGUUGCAAGAGCUGAUUGUGAAAAUAUGCAUGCGCCCCCGGAACUGGAGCUUAGCUAUGCAAUGUGCGGAGAAGGCUGGUCUCACUGUCCAAAUGGAGCAUUUGCUCGUAAUGUAUGUAGCUUAUGUCAUGCAUUGAAAAAAGAAAAGGAAUGUGCAGCUAUCCUAAAGGAACAGAAGCCAUGUGAAACUGAUUGCAGUGUUCCCAUACAUGAUAUAUUAUUUGUUUACAGCCCCUUUGUAAAUGUGCUCCCAUUAUGCCUCUUUUACUCCCUUGCAUCCCAGUUUUAUCUCUUAUCAUGUAUCGUUUUAUUUACUGUUAUGACAACUGAUGCAAGUUAAACUUUUUCUAACCUGUUUUUAUUUUGAGCAGUUUUUUAAAUUGUGGUUUUCAACACAAUAAAGAAGGAUUUUAAAGAAAAAAA